CCGGUCGUGUGUCAGGUCAAGAUGUUCGCUGUUAGAGGGCUACAGAGGAUAAAAACUGUUUUAUCUCAGCAUGGAAACACAGGUUUCAGAAGUCUGACAGCGGCUUCACAGGCGGGGCAGCAGAGAGACGACGGGCUGGUGAAGAUGGAAAAUCCGUACAAAAGGCCACAGAAAGGAUGUUUGCUCUGCAGCGUCACAGUGGACUUUAAAAACACUCAGUUGUUGUCUCAGUUCAUCUCUCCGAACACGGGCAGAAUCUACGGCCGACACCUGACAGGAUUGUGUGGAAAGAAACAGAAGGAAAUCACCAAGGCUAUAAAGAGAGCUCACGCUAUGGGUUUCAUGCCCGUGGUCCACAAACAUCCACAGUUCAUGAACGACCCAAACGUCUGCAGAGUGAAGCGACUUGAUUAGUGGAUCACUGUUAUUAUCACUGUUAUUAUUAUCUGUCAUUAUGUUUAUUAAAGUGUGUCUGUCCUGA